AUGUCCACUUUACAAAUUCCUUCAAAGCAAUCAGCUCACAAAUUGACCUUGAUUCCAGGUCCAAUUGAAUUCUCAGAUGAAGUUUUAGAAGCUAUGUCAACUCCUUCUCAAGGUCAUACUUCUCCUGAAUUCGUUAGUACUUUUCAAUCAGUUUUAAAGAAUUUAAGAACAGUUUUCAAAUCUGAAGACCCAAAGGCUCAAGCUUAUGUCUUAGCUGGUUCAGGUACUUUAGGUUGGGAUAUCACUGGUGCCAAUCUUGUUAGCCCAGGUGAUAAAGUUUUAGUUUUAUCCACUGGUUUUUUUUCAGAUGGUUUUGCUGAUGCUUUAAAAAUCUAUGGUGCUGAUGUCGAUGUAUUAACUGCUGAAGUUGGUGAUGUUGUACCAUUACCUGAAAUUGAAGAACAAUUAAAGAAAGAAAAAUAUACCGCUAUAACUAUAACUCAUGUUGAUACUUCAACUUCAGUUGUUAGUGAUGUUGAAGCUGUUUCAGCCGUGGUUAAAAAGGCUUCUCCAGAAACUUUAAUUGUGGUUGAUGGUGUUUGUUCAAUUGCUGUUGAAGAUUUAGAAUUUGAUAAAUGGGGUAUAGAUUAUGCUUUAACUGCAUCACAAAAGGCACUUGGUGUUCCAGCUGGUUUAUCAGUUUCUUUUGCUUCAGCCAGAGCCAUUGAAAAGGCAACUGCCAGAAAAGAAUCAGUUUAUUUCGCAUCUUUAAAAAGGUGGACUCCAAUUAUGAAAGCUUAUGAAAGUGGUAGUGGUGCAUAUUUCGCUACUCCAGCUAUUCAAACCAUUACUGCUUUAAAAGUUUCUCUUGAUCAAAUUCUCGCUCAAGGAAUAAACGAAAGAUUUGCUCAACAUGAAAAAGCAUCAACUAAAUUCAAAGAUGAACUUGAAAAAUUAGGUUUAAAGAUCUUACCCGUCAAUCGUAAAGUUGCUGCUCAUGGUUUAUCUGCAGUUUACUUCCCAGAAGGAGUUAAUGGAGGUGAAUUCAUUGGAUCAUUAGCUAAAAAAGGAUUUACCAUUGCCGGUGGUAUCCAUAAAGCUUUAGCUGGUAAAUAUUUUAGAGUUGGUCAUAUGGGAUAUUCCAUUCCAGCUGGUCAUAUCGAUUUACUUUCGAAAGCUAUUGGAGAAUCAAUCUCUGAACUUAAGCAGUAA